GUCUUGUGUAAGAGCAGGAAUUUGAAUUUGUAUCGUGUAGGAUUGUCGGUGAUUGUUUAUGCUGUUCGUAUAAUGAUGAUAAGCAUUGACUAUGGUGUUAAGUAAUGACAACUAAGUUGUGUUCAUCGAAAUGGAUUCUAUGAAGAAAUAUUGGAUUUCAUGCAUACAAAAUGGCAAUAUAAAUAGCAUUGUCAAAGAUGUUAAAGAUUUUCUUAUGCGAGAUGAUGCUGGGUGUGCAGCAGAAAAACUCUUGGCUGAACUAGCUUCAAACAUCUCCAAAAAACAUUCGGAAUAUGCAGGAAAUCCCACAGAUGUUCAUACAUUUGCUUCAGUUUGCUGUCAAGCAAUUUCAUGUGGAAAUGUAACCAAUGAACUGAGCUAUUUGCGGUGUAUAUAUCACAUAGUAAAACACUUGAUAGGUCAGGGAGAGACAGCAUCUGCUUUCAGCAUUUCAGAAUUUUUAUUUUUGGUUAAGAAGAGCAGCAUUUCUAGUAAUGAGGCAUUAAUGAAUACUUGUUAUUCUGCAUACUGGAUAUUAAGAGAUACCUUAAAUGAAGCUGCAGUCUCAAACUUAAGCUUUGCUACCAUGUUGGACAGAGGAAAGCUGUGCAUAAACAUCCUAUCAUGCUGUGGCACCAAGUACCUACAAGUGCUUGUAGAUACAGCAUUGAAAAUUGAAAAGUUAUCAGACGUGUUUGCAGCAAAUAACUCAGUUAAAGAGAAUCUUGAAUUCUUAAUAUAUUCUUUAAAAAUAUCAGUGGAAGCAGUGAAACUUACAAAAAUAGAAUAUACAUGUAUACCAUUUUUACAAAAAUACAUACAAUUGUUUCUGACAGUUUUAAAAAAGGAUGUGCUGCAGAAUUAUCUGUAUUUCAGUGAUGUUCUAAAUGCAAUGAACAAUUUUACUGAACUAACAAAAUUUGAAAAUGAUGAAAAACUAUGCAUAUCAGUACUUUGUGAAUUAGCAGCUAAAGGUCAACCUAUACCCAGUGUCAGUAAUUUAGCACUGAAAGAAUUCAUUGAUUUGUUGGCUUCCAAGCACUCAUGCAGAUUCGGAAACACAGUUGCAUUUACAAUAUCUUCAAUACCUUUUGUCUUUUCAAAGCUGAUUACUGCCUGGUCCAAUUGGUCAGCUCAAGAAUGGCAAACUAUAUGGACUUCACCUGUUCAGUGUGCAUUUUAUGAUUUGAUCUUGAAGCUCCUUGGUGUUUUAUAUGAAUUGUUGCCCUCUGAAGGAGAAACUAUUCAGAAAGAAAAGAGUACAGUUGAUUCCAUUUUAAAGUUGCACAGACUUAAUGUAAAAUUAGUUUAUCAUAUGCUGAGACAGUCAAUAGAUGUGAAAUUGGAAAACCUUGAUGCGGCCAUUCCUUUGGUCAUAAACAUAUUAGAUUUCAGUGUCAAAUGGGUGAUUCGUUUAAGAGACUCUGGUCAUGGAAACUGGGUGCAAUCAUGGGAGCAAUUAGGACCAGUUUACUACAACACAGCAGCUUUGCUUUUGAAUGCUGGUUACCGUUUAUACUCAAAACCAGUUUUCUUCAACUUUUUCAAGAUGUGUUUGCGACUUGGAUGUCCUGUGGAGGGAGCAGACUUAAACAGUGGAAUUUACUCUAUUCAAUGUGCGAUAGAAGAACAUGACAUCAAAGGAGGUUUAAGAAUUUGUGCAGUUUGUUUGCUCAAUUUUCCAAAUGACCGUGAUAAGAUAUUUCAGUUGUGGGUGAAGCUAAAAUGUGUCUCAUCCAACAAUAUGGAGAUUCAGAAAUGCAAUCUCUUUCAUAUCCUUGUUGACGAGGAGGAAGCUGUAUGUUCAGAAUUUCCAGGGGCAAACAUGGAUAACUGUGAUAUCAAUGAACUUUUAGUUGCAGAACUACAAUAUUAUGAACCAUACAGUGCGAGACUAUGGUCAGCCAUCGAAUCUGCUGGUCGUACAUUGUAUGCCUUGGAUCCCUGCCGUAUUGAUAGUAGUAGAGGCAUUGAUGUGUAUUUGAAAUGUGCUUGGCAACAGGCAGAUGCAGAGAAAACAAAAAAGGCACUUGCUGUGGGGAAAGAAAGAAUUGCAAUGCUCACCAGAGCUGAGAAGGAGAAAUCUGAUCAAGAGAAGGUGAAGAUUCUUGGAUUUCUAGGCAACACUUGUUUUACAGUGUACAUCCUUGAAUUGAAGUCGCUGCAGAAAAAUCAGCAGGAAAUAAUAAGUGCUCAGAAAUGCUCAACAGAAGAAGGGUCUCGAGAUACGCAAGGGGAAGCAACUGAUGUAGCAAAUACUGUGUUUACCGAGCAUUUAAGUGUGUCGAUUGAGAAGGAAAUGGAGCUAAUAGAACUCCUAAAUAAAGCUCUUCAUGCAUGGACUCGGCUUUUAGACCAUGUGCAUUUUAUUACUUGUGAUAUGCAGCCCUUUUUUAAACACAUCUUGGACAGUAUAGAAGCAGCAUCUUAUUUCUAUGGCUUAAAUGGUUGCACAAUUCACAAAGUAUACUGUUGGCUUGUGUACUAUAAGGUGGCUGUAUCUCUGGAGAUGAAAAAUGCAGAACUUCACGCUAUAAGCAAUUUACUGAAAACUGGCAGUUUCAUGCCACCAGAAUUGUGGUUAUUGGAGAGCAAAAUUCUUACAUUUAUGGACUCUAAUGGAAAUUGUGACUCUUGCCAACUUUACUAUUAUCAGCUAUGCAAAAGCUUCCAUCAUCUAAAACUUGGGCAUUAUGACGAAGGAUUUCAGCUAUUGUUGGAAAUUAAAGAUCAACUGAUUGAUUCAUCAACUUUUGAAAAUGAACUGUUGCAGCUGGAAUGGAAGUUCUUUUUCAGUGUUUAUCUUUCUAUACCAGAGUGGAAAAUACCAACCUCCUACGCACAAGUUGAUUGUAUUUCAAAUGGAGUUGCUGCAUUCAAGAGGAUAAUUGAACUUAUUAAACAUAAAAGAACUGACUUAAAAAUACAUGCAAGGCUGUUAUGCCUGUUGAUGGAUGUUGCAUAUUGGCUUGUUGACAUUCAUCUCUGCCUGUACUGGACACUUGAUGUUUACCAAAUAUUAAGAGAACUUCUGGUAAUAACACAGAUCGCUGGUCUUUCAACAAGGUCGGCAUAUAUCUUGACAGUGAUGGCAGAAAUUGAUAUCAUGAAAGGUUCUUUUGCUAAUGCAAAAGUGAAGUUGGCAGCCUUGCACUCAUUUUAUAUAUCUGAAUUGUGGUUGCAGCAUUCAUGUAAUACACAACCAGUAAAGGAUUCUCCUACUUACAUGCAUAAACUAUGUGAAGAAAUGACUAACAUGUCAAUAACCACAUCAGAUAAUGUACAGAAAAUAAUAGAUUUUCAUCUUGAUACUCAAACACGAAGAGAGAUAGUACUAGCCACCUCAGUAACAAGAACAAGUGAAAAAGAACUUUCAUCACCAGUAUGUCAACAUCAUCAUGAAAAACGCCUAUCAAUGCACCUACCUUCAUCAUACUGUCAGUGUUACUCUUGUAAUAAUCUUCUCAGUCAUGGUGUUCUGUUGCACUACAUCAUGGUAAUGGCAUUGUUCAACCAUUUUUCUGGUAAUUCAAAGACUACCCUAGAGUUUUUUGAAGAUGGUUUAUCAGUGUGCAAUGCAUUGUAUAAAAUCCAAAAACAUGGUGUACAAGAAAUGAACCAAAUAAUGUUGUACAUACUACAAGGCAUGGAGAAAAACAGAACACUGCCAAGCUCUCUUGUAGAAAAAAUUAAGACAUUUGUUCAUCGUUAUGCAAAGUUUUUGUCGCAGAAUAAGAAACAUGAGGAGGCUAAAGCUUUGUAUCAGGCAAUGGCCUGUUUUGAGGAACGUGCUAAUGAUAAGUCGUACUGCAUGCCAACUUUCUUGGAGCAUCAAUUCGCACUGAAGCUUCUUUCCCUUGGAGACAAUCCACUGCUGGACACAUCCGUGUAUAAAUCCCGUGUGGUAGACGUAAUAACUGACAUGCCAUCAACAAAAACGCCAGAUAGAGCACCAGCAGUCAUUCAGCUUACCCCUGUGAUGCGGUACACAUCAAAGGAAGUCGACUCAGAAUUUCGCAGUAACAUGCAUCGUCUGCGCAGUGGUCAACACAAAAUUCUGUUUGAUAUGGAUGAGGAAGCAGAUAGCCAGUGCAGUGUAAAUGUGAGAGAAGAAAAAUGGCAAAAGAAAGUCCAGGAAUAUAGUGAUAUUUUAAUCAUAAAGAAAAGUGAAGUAGUUGUUACAAAAUGUGGAGGGAGUCAAAAUAUUUUGUCAGAUGUAGACAUAAAUGCAUCAAGUGCAAUUAUAGAUGAUACAGUUACUCCACGUAGAAGACAGAAGGUUAAGUCCAGGCAGCUUUCAUCUCAGUCUUCUGAUGAAAUGGAUAAUUAUGUGUCUCAGUUGAUAUGUUUGUCACCCUUAAAGGAAAAUUUGAAUAAGAAUAUUUGUGAUGAUAGGGACCAUAAAAGUAACAUACCAUCUAAUUUAAGUAACCAAAAACUGAGGCAUGUAAAAUCUAGUAAGGUGUCAAAAGUAAGAAAUAUUGAGUCGGUAACCACUGCAAGCAAAAGUGAUGCUCUCGAGGUAAUUACAUCAACUACAACUAAAUCAACAGUAUUUAAGUCCCCUCAGUAUGUACCACACAAGCAGAAACCAAAAUCAAUGUCAAAAACUCUACUUGGCGUUGGAGAGUACUCAGUUCUUGCACCUAGAAGAACUAGGCAAAGAAAAUUUUCCAGUCACUCUUCUGAUGAAAAUGAAAGCCAAAUACCUAAAUUUCUUCUUAAUUCACCAUUAAAAGACAGUGGUAAUGCAGAGCAUGGUGUUAAAAAUAUCAAAAAAGUUGCCAAAAGAACUACAGCAUGCCAUAAGAGUACUGGGAUUAAAAUCUUCUCUGAAUGUUCAGAUAUAAAUUCUGACUGUACAGAAGGUAAAGUUAUGCAAAAUAAAUGUAAAAGCAAACGUAAAGCACAAGUGUAAUUGCUUUUUAUAAUGUUACUAACUAGUACCAAUGAAAAGGAAGGUUCUCAAUGGACAGUUGCAUUAAUUAGCUGCUGGGUAAAACUGGCCUGUAAAUACAUCAGUUCUACUGCGUACAAAUAUCCAUUUUACAUGAACUGCAGUAAAUACUAAUGAUUAUUUCUGUAUUAUCACAGUUAAGUAGUGAUGAAGAUUUGACUGUAUAUUAAUGUUUCAAUAAAUAUUUGUAUUUAUACUGAA